GGCUUCACAGACCAAUCUUUUGGCAAGAAGUUGUUGCUUUUUCAAGAGCACCCAACAUUCCAUAGCCACUCAGAGCUACCGGAGAUUCGUUAUCGUGAUUGUGUUAGGCAUCGCAAUGGUGAUGGCGUCUACGCUGCGCUGCUUGUCCUCCUCAUCGUUGACACUUUGUACCAGCAAUUCAACGCCUCAGCCUCUUUCCUCGCAGUGGGGUUUUAGCAGUAGCUAUUCAUGGAGAGCGGCGCAAUCUAGGGGCUUAGGAUUGACGAGUUUGGAGCAUAGUGAUUGUAGCGCACUGGUGAAGCAAAAAGAUAGUCGAGUUUUCUGUAGCCAAGCCACAUCCGAGGCUUUCAACCAAGGGGACGAAGGCAGCGGUAGCCCCGCAGGACUGGCGAACCUUGAACAAUUUAUUGAGCUCAAUGUGGGCUUCUGGAGGGGCACCUUCACUCAAUAUGAUGUCAUGGGCAAUGCCUUACAAUGCAUUCCCACUAGGCUCUCUGCGACCUCGUAUGGGAAAGGCGAAAAUAUUAGCCUCCUUCAAACGUUACACAUAAAAGAAGCAGUUUCGAAGACUAGAGCAGAAGAUGACGACGACGAACCGGUUUGGCAGGAAUUCAAACUAGUGGAUAUCAAUCUCUUUACUAUGGAGCAGCGACAGCAUAUUGGUUUUUUCCCCAGUGAAAAUGCCUACACUGUGUCACAUCAGACAUCGGAGAUGCUCGAGCAGGUUUUGAGAAUUGGAGUACUUGGAGAAGAUGAUGACGGUGAGGAGUUUCCAAAAGGCGUGAAGCUCCCAUCUCGACGCCCAGCGCUUGUGUGUGAAAGCUGUCUGUACUCGAAGGACGCCCAGAAGCGGGUGAGAGCGUUCCAUGUCCUCGACCCUCGCGGCCUGCUUGAUGUGAUUGGUAUCUUUCACGAGAGCAGAGACGGCAGCUCCUUUGCAGAAUCACAGAGGAACCUUCCUGACGAAGCUGGUUCCCGAAUCGAAUCAUUGCUCGGCAAGUGGUCAGGGAAACUUGUGACACGGCGAACUGGCAUUUAUGGCUCUACUCUGGCGCAAUACAAUGUCCAAGUUUCCUACGAAAGAAACGAGGAGGCCAAGAUGAAACUAGAGAUCACGACUGACAGGGGACAAGGAACGCGGAUUGCUAUGAACGGGGCAUCCUUAGGCAACAUCAUGAGGUUUGAAGGAGGUUUACUCACAACCAUGCUUCCAGGAGGAUUGGCCUUAACCUGCCCGGGUAGCGUGGGUCAAAGUGUAGGUCGAAUGCAGGCAUUCUACUUCGAGUUCUCUUGGAUCGAGUUUCCAGGCCAGAGGCGACGCCUCGUGCGAACCUAUGAUACAGAGGGUCUGGUGGUGUCCACAAGCCUUGCCACUGAGUCGAAGCUCUCCUAAUUGCCAACACCUGCAUUGGCCAGAUGGGGCUCAGCUAAUCCUGAGUAUGCAGGUGAGAGCUAUCUAGCAACGGGUCAUCCUUCGAGAUUGAAGCUUAUUCAUUCUAAUGUGAUGUGAGGUACCCGAUGCCAGGAAUUCAUGGAGCCCCGUGGCUUGUGUCGAUGAUCGUAUGAAGCUCAUCAAGCAGUAGUUUCAUCAAGGAGGAGCUUGUGUCUUUAAAUACAGAUAUACACUCUCUCGCUCUUUGUACUGGGUUGACGUGAUUAGCUUUCAUAUCUGAGUAAAGUCAAGGUGAAUGUAAAGCUCAAAACGAUUGUGAAUUGGAAAGACGUGGAUUAUAUAUUGGAAUUCACUUAAGGGUUUAGAGGCCUGGUAAAUUAGUAUUUCUUGACUUGAAUGAUACGGAUGACUAAAGAAAUUGUUGAAAUGCAGAUUUUAGGACUGACCGCGAAUAAGUACAUUUAUCUAUGCAAACUUAUGAUAAGUUUCUAUAUAUUUAAAUUAAAUAAAACACCUGUUUGUUUUAGGAUUUAA